UACAAUAACUAUUCUGCGGACAAAAUUAUUUAUGUAUUUGGGUUGAGAAGGUCCAACUGAAGCCCAUUAAAGAAUCCUUCGGAUGGGAUACAUAAUCUCCUCGGUAAACCGCAAGGAAGAGAAAACAUGACGACGUCUUGGUUUGAAGAUGCGCAGGCGUUUCUCCGUGGCCAGAAUGAGUACUGGCGUCAAGUGAAUGAGUCCGAGGGUUUCGAUCUCGAGGGUAUCUUAGCACCACCUGGGACCACUGGACUUAUGAUCCACAACUGUAAGGAUGGGUUUGGGUUCAGGGUGGAUUAUCGUGUCGACCUGUAUGCUAAGUUGGGGCUUCAUCGUUACAAUAUGUUGAAGGGGACAAACUUCCAGCUCGAUGAACUAAUCAAAUUCAACAUGUUAAUGAACAUGGUGUCCGCUUACCACAUUACUUUGGUUGCUUCCGAUCCAGCUAGCGGUUCCGUGCUAACCUUCCAGGUUAAAGUUGAGGAACAUAUGGUUAACCGUUUAAAUGUGACUGUCUCGAUUGCUAGACCUAAAGGAACCAUUGAGCCCCUCCCGCUUCUAGAUGACCUCAAGGCCGACAGAGCGCAUCAUGAAUUACACGAUGAUGAUGGAUUGUCUCAGUGGCCCUCAGAAGAUGCUUUCAAUGAUACCAAACGAUUUUACAUGGUUGAGGAAUCCGAGUUGCAAGACACUGAUUGGAUCCGUCUAUAUUUGGAACUUGUCCUUUGUUCAAAGGAUAGGCGGCUCAGAGCCAGCGACCUGUCCAUGUUGAAGAUUGUGAAAGUGGCGGUAGAAACUAGUGAUGAAGAUGUGGAGCCGCCGAAUGAGAGACUCAACGCGAAAACCGCAAGUUUCUACAUAACUUUUCACUUGGCCAUUUGGGGGAUUAGGGAGGAUGUUGAACGCAGAGCUAUAGUUAGAAGAGUCCUUUCACGUACAGGAAACUUGAUCCUCCUCGAUACUUUGACUCCUUUCAAGAAGGACACAGGACUUAAUAAAAGAAUAAUGGAAGCCUCUAUGGCUGAUAGACUUGCCGCGACGACUAAUCCUUCCAUGUUCCGUUCCCGCCGCUGAAUCAUAUCGCCUCCGUCAUGACAAGAUUCGUCUAAAAUGCAAAGAUUGAAACUUGCCCCCCAAAUCUGAACUUUAGGAGUAAUGGGACCUUAGGAGGAGACUGAAUGUGAACACCGAAUUGAUCAACAUGCGCGACGAGCUAAGCUAGCAGAAGAAGUGUCAUGGGAUAAACGUGGGGCUAAACAAUUAGAAUGUUGUUUACUAUGAUCCAAAUUAUAGGAAAGGGUUAAAAGUUUAGAAUUUUACAUGAAUUAUUAAUAUUUGAUCUUAACGUUUGAAAUUAUAAG